AGAGUAGUGUGCAGAUUAGCGUUACUGAAGAGCGUAAAGGUUAGACGAUAACCCAUCAAGCAUACACAAUGCACUUACAUUCACUAAAGAAAGCAAUCAGAAAUAUUACAAGCCUUAGGUCAAGACAAUUUUGGAAUUGAAACCAGAAGCCGAUGGUUUCACUCACUAGAAUAUCAGCAACUAAAAUGGCAACUAAGAGCAUAUAAAUAUGAAAACUGUUACGUUUAAACAAAAGCUCAAAAGAUGUACAUAACUGGAAUAACUGAUAAUAACUACAGUAAAUACUUUGGGGGAUGACACUAAAAAUAAACUAGCACCAAGUUAUCCGAUUAGAAAUUACUAUAAAUACAACCGUUUACUGAAUAUUAAUAAGUAGUAUAAAAUAACAAACGAAAUACAAGUCAAAUUAGGCGAGAAUAUGGACAGGAAAUGCAAGUGAACACCUAGUGUAUUCUAUUACGAUUUGGAUUGCAAUGUUGCCACAAGUAACAAUGUUUCGGUCAGAUUUUCAUUAUUUAAUCAAAUCUUUCAAGAUAUAUAAAGCUAGAAUAGUGAGAAACGUAAGGAUAUUAAAAUCGAAUAUGAUGGGAAACUAAUAAUACCGUAGGUGCAGUCAAAUGUUGCUGAGCUCUAGCCAAAUCAUCCGGCAAUCGGGUCACUGAAUAUUGAACAGAUCAUCGAUCCCUGUCAUGGUCAAGGACAACCAACUCACAUCAGUUAAUCACAUGCCAUGGACUGGUCCAUGAGCUGGUGGUCACAAUUCCUAACUUGUAUGAUAUACAUAUUGCUGUAAUAACGGUCUCCAAAGCAUCCAUAGUACAUUGAUACGUCGAAGGGACAAUCAAUGUUAUAUUACUGACCGUGAGGUGUGGCUUCGACGUUAGCUGUUGGUCACACCAUUCCCAUCUAACUCGAGUAGGCCUCAAAUCAUUUCGACAGAGACCAUCUACAUUGGCGAUCUUCAAUACGAUCAGAGUGACAGGAAUGUAAACGGAUGUUUCGCUGAUUAGUUCCAUCAAAUUAAUACCAGCUUCUACAAUGAACUGAUCCUGAAAACGAUUGGCUUUUUGGGACUCUUUAUUGAUUUGGAAAUCAUUCUAAUGCCACGAGUACAAUUUAUUUUUCCAUUGAAUUAUAUACUAUUGAUAUUCAAUUCGAUAAUUCUUUCAAUUCCAGUUUCAAGGCUACUAUGUGAAUUGCAAACGUUAUGGAUUCCAUGUAGUUGGGUUAUUACAUUGGGAAUUAUAUUGCUGACUAUAAUAUUUGGCAAAUUAAUACGUUUCGAUAUACAAACAUCAUUGAAUAUAUUCCUUACUGUUAUAUUCACUUUACAAGCAGUAGUUUAUAUUGCUAUGAUUAUAUUAAAUUAUUAUGGUUACUUUGAUGUCAUUCUGAUUAUUUCUGGAUCAGGAAUGCUAUUGACAAUCAUUUAUGAAUUGGCAAUUGCAACUCAAGCAAUUUAUCCAGGUGAUAAACGAUUCAUAUUUCGUGAUAAUCAAUAUUUUCUAUGUGGAUUAGUCCUUGCAACUAUAAUGAUUUGGAUGAAUAUGAUUAUUUCAAGUGAAAUAUUACUUAUAUACAAUGUAUUCAAUAAUACAAAACAAUAUAUUUGAGAGAAACAAAUGGAUAUAUACCUAUGACUUGUCUAUACACAUUCACUGUUCAUUGUCUGAGUGUUUAUAGUGUCGGUUGCUAUGUUAAGCCCACAGAUCUUAUUCUAGCUUUCGGACAGACUAAUCUAUUCAUUCAUCUUUUGCUACAUUUUGACUUUGUUAAUUAUUCACUUAUCAAACUUGACUGUUUUUAUAUGAGCAUAUUUAUGUGUGCUCUUCUUAUCCUAUUCAUCCCAUGUCUGUAGCUUAUUGUUGUGUGACUAUCAUGAAUAAUGAACGCUUGAAUAAAUGGGAGGUGGCUCACAUGCCUUCUCUACUGCGCGUCCUUUCGUUUAACUUCGCUACGUUUUUGAGUAUCUGCUCAGAUCAGUGAUUGUACGAAAUAUAUGUAUUUAAGACAUUCAUUCUCGUAUUUGGCUUACUUAAUUCCGUUAUUCACCGGCUUGACGCGUUUCGUCCAUUUUGAGACUCGUCAGUGGCUAAGUGGAUAAUGUGAUGGCAUUUGAAGCGAACGGCACUACGUCCGAAUCCCAGAGUGAAUAUCAACCCUGCGGUGUAGGUACACCCAGCUGACGAGUCCCAAAUAUGGGGAAACGCGCGUCCAGGAUUCCACUAUCAGCCGCUAUCCACCUCUGCUUAAAAAGCUUGUGACUUAAAACAGUAUCGAGGUAAUCCUCACAGGAUACAUAUACGCCAACAAGAGACUGUUCAAUUGCAGUCCUAAAUAACAAUGGGAAGAUACAAGUAAAUCAACACCAAGUGAAUUUGUCUUUAAGUUAUGUUUCCAUUGCUGUGUAUACGAAGUUGAACUGUUUCGUUUUAUGCUGCUUGUUCUACCAUAAAUAUAAAGUUCUCACACAAUUUGUCUCUACCCUGUGUUAUGCGCUAGUUCUUGUUAUUGAUUUACACAGAAGAACCGGUUGUAUUGCAGUGAACGAGAACAUAAGUGG